CUUGGAUCAAAUCUAUGCUUCAACACUCGUAAUAAAAUGCAUGAAUUGGCUGUUAAACAGAAACUUAUUACUGAACAAGACCCUCAAAGUUAUGGACUUUUGUGCUUAUCACCGGAAGAAAAACGCACAUUGCUACAGGAAGGAUAUCAGUUACCAACAACACUACCUUUGACUAAGUCAGAAAAAGAAGCACUCAAAACUGUGAGAAGAAAAAUCAAAAAUAAGUUAUCAGCAAAAGAAAGUCGUCGAAAACGUAAAGAGUAUUUGGAUACGCUUGAACAACGUGUUCAGUGUUUUCGUAAUGAAAACUCAAUAUUGAAGCUAAAAGUCUCUUUUAAUAAUUAUGUUUGA